GGCCAAACUAAUAAAACAGGGACUCUCUGUAUUACAUAUUACGAAAGAAAAUGCCUCUUAGCAAAGCUUCAGCGGACUACAAACUGGGCAGACUAUUUCCUCAUGAGAAAAACAAACUAAGAAAGCCAAUGGUAGAAAAGAUGAGGCGUGAUAGGAUCAACAGUUGUAUUGAGCAGCUGAAGGUACUACUGGAAGAAGAGUUUGAAAAACAGCAGGGCAGUUCAAAACUGGAAAAAGCGGACAUCUUAGAAAUGACUGUGGGCUACCUGAGACAGCAUCAGCAGCUCCAGCUAAGAGGUGUGCCUUCUUUCCUGAAGACCCCACAGCAAGACUACACAGAAGGCUAUUCCAGCUGUCUGCAAGAAACACUUCACUUCCUAUCGCUUCAUGAAAGAAAAGUGGAAGUUCAGAAGACAAUAUUAAAGCACUUUCAUCCCACUCAGAAUACAGCUGAAGACCAGAAUCCUGCUGCUUCUUCUUUUUCUUCUCCCUCCAUGCCUAUUCCCCAAAAGCAUACGGCUGCAAACAGUAGCAGCCCUGUCUGGAGACCUUGGUAGAUUGGGAAAGUCUUUUAUGGACUUGUAUAUAUAUUUUUGGCUUUACAUUCCAGAGGAGGACAUGACCUUGUAGGACAGUCAUAAAAUCCUCUUAUAUGUAGGAAAUACAAUUUUCCACUUAAUGUUUAUAUUUGGACAGUGAGCUAAAUGAAUUUUUCCUGUUGUCUUCUUAGUGGAGACCGAUUAGUACAAUGUAAUUGUUCUGUUAGAACAUUAUUUAUCUUUGUUAUACAAAGCUUGUAUUUGUACAGCAUGUAUGGUACUGAAUGAAAUGUCCAGCAUGUGCCUAUAACUAUAUAGGAUCACAUAAAGGAAGUUCCCUUUAUGUUUACAGAAAAUGUUUUUUUUUUUUUGUGAUUUAUAAACUGUGACAUGACAGCCUCAUAAAAACUGUAUGCUAAAUGUACAUAGAUGAAUGUGAACAGCAGUGUAUUUUGUAUAUAAAUAUAGGUGAAGUACUGUGAAUUCAGUGUAUGUACAGUACAGACUAUACACCCCCACACAAACACACACACACACACACACCGGACCAGCAGUGUCUGAGCUUCGGAACCAUGAGAAAAGUUCCAGCUAAAAGCAUGAUAAAGGCAAGAUGGUAUGUUAACUUCUAUAAAAUGUAGCUCAUUUAUGGUAUAAAGGUUAAGGUCCAUUACAGAGACCAAAGUUAACGUUCUUUAAAAUAAUGAAAGCAAGCUGAGUUAUUUAAUAAAUAUGAUGGCUAUACAUAUAUAUGUGUGCACAGAAAUGUAUGUUUAAUAAAAUAUAUAACACAUGCUCUCUUCAA